CCUGUCACACCACGGCAGGCACAACUCAUCAAUAAUUCAGCCAACCGAGACAAAAGAGAGGCUGUGAGGGGUCCCAGCAUUAAUUAUACAGGAGUCGGUCCAAUCUAAUAUUUGCCAGUCAAAUUUAUUUUAUCUUCUAGAGUUUUAUUGUUGGGCAGCAGGAGAAAUAAUGGUAACGGAGAUGAUUUCCAGUGACAUAGAGUGUCCACAUAAAACUCCACUGCUGAAAUUAUUCCGAGAAGGAAACAAAUGGUUUGCCAGGAACAGGAAAUGUAGGGAAUAAAAUAGAAGUGCAUUCCUUUAAGUCUCUGUGUGUAUACUUCCUGUUUAUAUCUGAUUGGUAGCUGGAAAGCUUUUUUAAGUAAAUUACUGCCACCACUAGAUUGGAAGGUGGAUCUGGAGGCAGAAAGAGGAGAUAAAAAUACAAUUAGCUAAAUAAUCUAGUUGCCUUCACAAACAAAAUAACCUUGGUGUAUAUGUUGUCUGAUUUAUCCUUAAAGAGCCCAGUUAAUGUGAAGUCCUGAUGUUUUUCCCUUUUCUUAGUAUCCUCUGAAAAGCUGCUGCACCUGCAGGUAAUUAAACAGAUUCUCACACAGGCAGCUGCAGUUUUCAUCAGGGAUCUGCUGUUUCCACUGUGCUGUCAAGGAUCUUUCAUUUGGGCUCGGCAACAUGAAGGCUCUGCUGGGGAUUGUUGCGGGUGCUGGCGCUUCUUACGGACUGUACAAACUUAUCAGCGGACAAGUUUUCAAGAAAACCAAGAAAAAUCCCCACAAUGAACGUCCCAGCGUGAAGAGCAGCCAGCAGGGGGGGAUUAAGCUACGGCCGGGGAGUCUGCUAGCGAAAGUAUCCGGACUGGAUGUAGUCUGUGCCCGUCCAGAUGAUGAUACAUCAGGAGAGAUCGUCCAUCAAUCCCCCAACAAACUGGAGUUACAUCACUUGAAGAUGCUGCUGUCACGUUUGCAGACCAUCGAUGAUGCAUCUGAUCGGGCUCAGUUUCUCCUCACGUUGGGAAACGCCGCUGCCUUCACCGUAAAUCAGAACCAAAUUCGUGAAUUAGAAGGGAUUCCUGUCAUAGCUGGCUUCCUUUCUGAUCCUGCUCCAGAGGUUAGAGUGCAAGCUCUGAAUGCUUUAAAUAAUUUGUGUAUGAACAUCGAAAACCAGGAGCAAAUAAAGCUUUAUGUGCCACAAGUGCUGGAACUGAUUGAAAUGUCGGCAGUGAACUCUGACCUUCAGCUGGGUGCUUUGCGGCUGCUGACGAACCUCUCAGUCACAGACAAACAUCAGCAUUUGCUGAAGGGAUCGGUCACUCUUUUAUUGUCUCUGCUGGUUGUCAGCAGUGAAGCAUUACAGGUUCAGACCUCAAAAGUUCUCGUUAAUUUAUCAUCUAAUCCAGAUAUGAUGGAUGACAUAGUUCAAGCUCAGGCUCCUGCUUCUGUGCUGCUUCUCUUUGAUGAACGAACGUCUCCGGCCGUGCUGCUGCGACUGCUAACCUUUGUAGGGAACUUGAAGGCCUGGAGGCCCUCUGCACAGGUGGCUGACGAGCUUAGACGAAAACAGGACUGUCUGUUUCUGGUCAUGCUGGAUGAAUCCUCCCAGCUGCACGGCAAACUUGUCCGGCUGCUUUCACACCCCGCUGGGGAGAUUCAGGCCCAAGUAGCUCGUAUAUUGACCUAGACCUUCCCUCCCUCCACCUGCCAGGCUUUAGUCUUUAAACCGUUCCUCUUUGACACUAACUCUUGUGGACUGUGCUGCAGCCUCCUGUGGAAACUCAGCAAUACUGUUUUUCUUUAGUGUUCCUUACAUCAGUACUAUGACUUAAAACUUAAUUCAGUUUUAUCUCAGACGCUCCAAUUUUCUACAAUCUUACUAUGAAUAGGUAAAAAUGAUCCCACCGUUUGUUCAGCAUGUAAAUACACAAGUUUUAAAAGACCCUCCUCUUCUUUCCACUUCUGAGUUUUUAUAAGAAAUCUAUUUUCAUUAAAGAUCUACAGAUAACUUCUAAAAUGAUACUUAUUGAUCUCAAAAGAUUCAGGUAACAUUUAAGAAGUCAAGCCCAACUGCCAAACGUUUAUCUGCUACAUUUCCUCUGUGCCCAACCCUCUGUAGCUCAGAGAGGCAUCUUGGUCUCCAGUCAUAAGUUUAACUUCUAACGGAUUAUACUUUUAAGAAACUCUUUUUACUUAAUAAAAAUCUAAGUUAAUAGCAUAUCUAGAAAACAGAAGCUUUUCUGUUUGGUAGGCAGAAGCAAACUUUUAAACAAAGCUGCUGACUAUUUGUUCUGCAAAUUUGAAAGCCAGGAGCUCAGUGAAUCAUGAAGAUAUUAAAGUUUAGCCACUGCCUCCACCACAGAGCAGAGUUAAUGUGUCUGUUAGUUAUUAACCUGGAUGAACUUUGAACCACGGCUGCCGGAAGAAAGGCAGCCGUGACGUUAAGUACUUGAUCACAAAUACAUAACGAAGCAGGAAGCAGGAAGAGACUUGAACUGCAAUGCAACUUAUCAUGAAACUUGAGCAGAGACGCAGCUUGGAAAUGUUGGACUACUUGGUCCAGAUGCCAUGAUUGUUUAUUAGCUGUUUAUACCAUAACAUAACAUGGUUAUUUAUCCACAGCAGUGAUGAAUGUGAACUACAGGUUUUGUUAUCACACAAAUCUAUGCACUAGUAAGACAGGAAGUGAGGGAGCCAUCUAAAUAUUGACCGGACCAGAGGAAGUGCUUAAGAAUAGUAUUUUGACAGUGUGGCACUACAUGUGAAAUGUUAAUAGCUGUGGUGAGUUUAGAUGUUGAGAUAUGCUGCAUUUUUUUUUAUGUUUGAACAUCUGUUUAUUGACCUAAAAAUCUCAGGCAACUAUGGUUUACCAAAACUGAAUGGUAGGAUGCUGAUUGAUUAUAACGCAGUUUAUAUUUAUUAACUAGUUCAUUUGUUGUUUUCCCCUAACUAGAAAAUGUUUCUCUUUAAAUUGUUUAAUAAAUCUGAAUUGAGACAUUCAA